AUGAAAAGGUGUCAAGGGAAGGAAGAUGUGGCCAGCGGGACAUUCUCCUGGAGGGUCCGAGUUCUGGUGGCUCUGUGCUUCCUGCACCGGGCUGGAGGCCAUGUCCGACUUCUCCCUCCUCAGAAUGUUACACUACUGUCAAAGGAUUUUGAAAUGAUUGUGACGUGGACUCCAGGAGAAGGGUCUCCCCAAGAUGUGACAUAUACUGUGAGUUAUGAAAGCAAGGAUCACGAGGGCAAAUGGCUGGAGGUUCCUCAUUGCAACAACAUUCCCACAACCUCUUGCAUUCUGACUUGUGAGCCUUCAAACAUCUACGCUGAGGUCCGGGCUCGAGUGAGAGCUGUUUCAGGACGACUCCAGUCACGCUGGGUAAAAUCCCGGUUCAAGGAUUACUAUUCAGCAGUGGAACUGGCUCCCCCCGUGCUCAUCCUGAAGGUCAAGGAGAAUUUAAUCAAUGUGAGUGCCUCCUUCCCUUUGCCCACCUGUGUGGAGAAGCUCACUUGGAAGUACGAACUGAACUACUGGAAAGCUGGAUCUGAAGACAAGAAGAAAUAUGAAGAUAAAUUCAAGAGGGACUCAGUGACUAUUAAUACCACUGCACUCAGAGGCAACUACUGCUUUAGUGCCAGAUCUAUCUACGAAAGCUACCCCACAAAAUACAGCGAAUUCUCCCCACCAGUGUGUGUGCCAUUAAACCACAAAGUGAAAUUCCCACUUCCUGCCACGAUCCCUGUGUUUGUCCUCCCCAUCUUCCUGAUUGGUGCCUUCAUCCUCUGCUUUUUGAAACAAGAUGCCAAGCAAAGGAAGAUGCCUCAGGCUCUGGAUUUUCGUCACUUCCAAGCUGCUGGAGCAGCCUUUCCCUUGGAGCUCAGUGAGAAGGAAUUCUGCAGUGAUGCUCUGAGCUGCACAGAGAAGCCAAAGGCACAAAGGAAAACAGGCAGAGCCUUAGCAAGGAACAACCUACCACGGGUGGCUUCUUUCCUAUCACCAUCAUCAUCAUCAUCAGAUGAUGAUGAGGAGGAGGAGGAGGAGGAGGAAGAAGAAGACAGUGGUACUUUCAUCCCAUACAACCAAGUGACUCGCUUUCCAAAGAGACAUCUCAACUGCCAACCACCCCAAGCAGUUCAGGGGAAAACAAGCUUGGAUUCAGGAACUGGAGGUCUCUCUGUGGACAGUGAAUCUCUGCUUGACCUCAGUACCUUGGGUUUCUCCUCCUUCCCAGAGAGAAAGGAUGAGGUGGACACCUCAGGAUCCCAAGCAAAUGAGGAGGCAUCCCUUUCUCACAGUUCCUCCUUAGGGACAAUAUCCCUCACUGAUGUGAGAUUCCCAGGUUUCAGUGACCAGCACGAGGCAGACAGGGGUGAGAGCCUGGAAAUGACCCUCCUUCAUCCACUGAUGGAGGGGGUUUGUGCCCAAGGCCCUCCCGGUGAGCACCACCUGCAGCAGGAGGGUCAUCACUUCACCAGGUAUCACCAGAAAUCAAUCACUGAUCUGCAGGUCCAGAUCCACGGGAUAUCCCAGCUCGGGAAGGAUCCCAACAUCCAGCUGCUCAUCCCCUUACACACUCUGCAGGUGGCAGCAGAUGAAGGGAUCUCGAGUGACUGUGACAGUGACAGUUCUACCGAAGGGACACCUCCCACCUCCACGGGGCUGAGUGACACCUUUGAACCUUCAAACACGGGGGACAAAUAUGAUCCCAAGUUUCAAUUCAAAGGCUACAGCCAUGCACAUUACUUGGGAAGGACCUAGAGUACCCAGAGUGCCUGGAAAAUGCUGGAGAGCUCCAGAUAUCCAGGCAAGGAUACCUGAACAAGGACAAAUAACUUGAGAGUGACGCUGGUUUUUUAUUUAUUCACUUGGAGUUUUCUCUGCUGAUGUCUGGCCUAUCAAGGCAUAUGACUUUAGGGACACAGAAGGUGUAAUUAAUUUCUCAGUAACCUCUGUACACUGUCCCAAUGUACUGUGAUAAGGUGCUCAGGCUCUGAUUAGAGCCAGGGGUGAGUCAGGCAGAGGUUUCACACAGCAAACAGGCACUGCCUCCUGUUCACCCAAAACUUCAGAGCAAGGCAGCUGCUACAUGUGAGUUAUGAAAGGCAA